ACCGAACGAGGCAGGCAGGCAGGCAGGCGGCAGGCUUGUUCGCUCCGUCGCUGUGCGUUCCGUUUUCCGUCCGCGCCAGUCCGUCGCACGGCACCGCAUCGCCGCGUGUGUUCGACUUAUCGAAUUGCGAGCGAACGAGCGAGCGCGCGCGCGCGCCUUCCGCAAAUCGAACGGUGACCGGCGAACGAUCGUCACGGCGCACGCGAGUUCUCGUUCGCGGCCGGCGAUUCGAAAACGCGCCGAAAUUCGGCGCCGGCGGGGAGGAGGAGGAUUCCGCGUGUGUGAAUCGGGUGCGUUCGCGGCACGACGUUCGCGGCUCGGCGAAUCCGCGCGCUUCGGCCGGUUCCGCCGGUCGGGUUCUGCCGGGAAACAGUGAGCGUGCGAAGAAGAGACAGGAGAGAGUGAGAGUGAGAAUGUAUGUGUAUGGGACAGAGAGAGAGAGGAGAGAAACUGUUUUGUUGAUGAUAACACGUCCCGCGCAGUACAUGUGAAUUUUUGGUGCCGCGAUGAAGACGUCAACGUGCGUCUCGAAACGGCGCGCCGGCUCGCUAAUUGAAGCGAUUCGCGUGUGUGGAGUUUAAUUAACUGCACGGUUAAUCAAUCGCUUAGCGAUGCACGUAGUGUGAGUAUAAUAAUAGGCCGUGCGAUAAGUGUAAUCUAGGAGAAGGAAAAAGAAGAAGAAGAGGAGGUACGCGCGAAAUGGGAAACGUGUGCGCCGAAAGUGCGCGAGAUUUAAAUUAAAUUUGUUAAGACGCGAUAUCUCCCUUCCCCCCCCCCCUCUUCUCCUUGCUGCAAUCAAACGACUGAUUCAUACGUUCGCGAGUUUUCCUCGAAAUUCGACCCGUGCUCUCCCGGUAAUUUAUGGAAUCUUUCGUUGCAAAGAUUCCUCGUAUCGACGUGUGCGCGCCGACAAUCAUCAAGCCGGCAUUACGAACGUGCGAAUGUGUUCGGUAAUUUCAAGCCGCUCUUUCCGUCGGUACUUCCCGUUUAGUUUGUGCCCACAACUGACGUUUCGUUUCACGCAUAUUGUAGCGCGCGUUUUCCCCUCCGCACCGUUCCCUCCCCUCCCNCCCCCCCGUGCCAAUUAGCUUUUCAACGAUGAGUCGCGAUCGGGACGGUGUAAGAGAAGGACAUUUCGAGUUCCGCAAAGACCUGUGAAAUUUUCGUCGAACGACACGCACCUGGAUGUAAAACACGGCGAGUGCAGUCGCGCGUUAAAUCACCGAUCUGAUGACUCUUGAGAAAUGCUAAGUCGAGUGACAACACCGGAACGCAUUAACAGAACUCAUGCGACACGGUAAACAGGAAGACUCAAUAAUUGGCAAUCAAUGAAUUUGCAAUGAUUCGGCGCGCCAUCGGUGAUACAUCGUUGCGUCGUCAUCAUCGAGCAUCGUAGACGAAUGGUGCCGCGGGAAUAUUCGGUGUCGUGUGCGCGGCGAAAAAUCUCCAUGAGAGCUGCGCGCCGCCGAGGCGAUUGCGUGCUUCGCACGAGAGUGUCGGUCAGUGGUGUAUACUUCCCCGGCUUCUGAGACACAGUGACGUGGCUUGUUGAUGGACACAUUGGUGAAAAUCCAUUCGACAACGGUUCCUGGGGAAAGGAGCAUUUUCAGCCAUCGACGGUUCCCUGGCAGCUGAAUCCACGCGGCCACGGUCGUCCUAGUGACGAUGGCAUAAUGGAUCAUGACACAGACGGAGACGGCGCGAUCAACUUGUCAACGUCACAGCGACCCUCCGCCGCCACCACCCCUAAUGGUGAUACUCCCACUUACGGCCAAGAUCAACAAGACAGCGAUCAGGCUACUUCGCUGUUCGCAGCCCUGAAGCAGCAGCAACAACAAGCGCGCGACAGCGUCUUCUCGUCGCGGGAUCGCGAGUGCCGCGACAGGGAGCGCCUGCAGGCGACGCGUAGCCGCGAUUCCGGCAGGGGAAACAUAGGAGAGACUGGCGGUGGCAGCGGCGUUGCUGAUCAGCAACAGCAGCAGCAGGAGCUCAGCAUCGAGUACCAAAGCAAUGGGAAGCUCAGUCCCGCUGGACACGCAGUGACAGCAGCACCCAUGACCCAGCAAAAGCAGCCGAUCAUCACACAACAGUCGCAACAGCCCAGCUCGGGGGCACCAGGGCCCCAGCCUAGUCCACAUCAGAGUCCGCAGGCCCCGCAGAGGGGUUCACCACCGAAUCCUUCCCAGGGCCCGCCACCCGGAGGCCCGCCAGGGGCUCCUCCGUCGCAGACUCCCUCGCAGAUGAUGCUCAGCUCGGCAAGCGGCCUCCAUCAGAUGCAACAGCUGCUGCAGCAACACAUACUCAGUCCCACCCAAUUACAGUCUUUCAUGCAGCAACACACGUUGUACCUGCAGCAACAGCAGCAGCAGCAUCAUCAGGAUUCAUCCUCCGAUCAUGCAUCUAACCAGGAACGAUUCGGCUACUUCUCUUUAAAGAACCAUCAGCAUCAGCUCGCGGAACUCAACAAGAAGCAACUGGAGCAGGCGAUGCAGCAAUUGCAGGAGCAGUUGCAGCUGAAUUUAUUUCAGCAGACGCACUUGCUGCAAACGGCGGACAAGAAGAAAGCGUCGGCGCCUCUCCAGCAAUUGGCGAUUCAGCAGCAGCAACUGAUACAGCAACUGCAGAUUACGCAGAGGCAGUAUCUGCUGCAGCAAGGGCUGGGCCUCCAAGGCCACAAUCCUUCUUCAGGUUUGCCACCGGGUGACAACCUACCAACGUGGAAGUCGGAACCGUCGGACACUCAGGAAUCUCACCAGAACUCCAGCGUGCCCAAGUCCAACUCCGGAUUGAAUGGCCUUCUGAAUUCGAUAGCUUCGAGCCGGCGGUCCGAGGUGAACGGCACAACGCCGCUGGACGAGAAGCCGCUGGACGCUUCCUGCAACGACAAGGUUCACCCCCUCUAUGGCCAUGGGGUAUGCAAGUGGCCAGGCUGUGAAGUAAUUUGUGAAGACUAUCAAGCAUUCCUUAAACACUUAAAUACGGAGCACACGCUGGAUGACCGAUCGACGGCGCAAGCCAGAGUCCAAAUGCAAGUGGUGUCGCAGCUAGAAAUUCAGUUGCAGAAGGAACGGGACCGACUAGGCGCUAUGAUGCACCAUCUGCACAUGGCGAAACAAAUGGCUUCGCCGGAACCACCAAAGUCAUCCGAGUCAUCGACGGGCUCGAGUUUACCAAAGCUAAAUUUUUCUACCGCGCUGAUGAGUCAGCCACCACCUAACUUCGCGGUCUCUCAGGUGUCGCCGGUAUCCAUGUCCGCGCUGGUAUCCGCGGUGAGGUCGCCCGCGGUCAGCGGUCAGUUACCCCCGUCGGCCGGCGGUGCACCGAUGCCACCACUUCCGACCAUACCGAACAUGUCCGGUCUACCACCGAUGCCUAAUAUGCCCGGCAGCAUGCCGAGCAUGGCAGGUCCGAUCAGGCGACGCAUUAGCGACAAGUCAGCUCUUUCCUUGGCAGGAGGACUGUAUGACGAGGGCACUGUAAGGCGCAGAGUAGCCGUCGAUAGAUCUGGAAUAGAUAUUAACGAAGGGCUGCCCUACAUGCUGGAGCGUGCUGGCCUUGACGUCCAACAAGAAAUUCAGCGAAAUAGGGAAUUCUACAAGAAUGCAGACGUCAGACCUCCGUUCACUUACGCGUCCUUAAUUCGGCAGUCCAUCAUCGAAUCUCCCGAGAAGCAGCUGACGCUCAAUGAAAUUUACAACUGGUUCCAAAACACAUUCUGCUAUUUCCGGCGCAACGCAGCAACGUGGAAGAACGCGAUCCGCACCAAUCUAUCAUUGCACAAGUGUUUUGUGCGCUAUGAGGACGACUUCGGGUCAUUCUGGAUGGUGGACGACGCCGAGUUCGUAAAGCGGCGGCAUCUGUCCCGCGGCCGCCCCAGGAAAUAUGACCCAACCCCAUCACCCACUCCACCCCACCUCUCCGCACAGGGUGUCCCGUCGAAGAGUCCGACGCUAACGCACAGUCCUACUAUGUACGGUGACGCGUUGAAUGCCAACCUGCAGUAUUUCCAGGCACUCGGGGAGUCUAACAUGGGAUUUUUGAACAAUCCGAUGUGCACGUCGACAGCGACGAGUCCCGAUAAGGAGCAUGUGUUACCUCAUAAUGACUUAAUGUCGCCGCUGGAUGAACCGGCCGUGCACAUAAAGCAAGAGAGCCAGAGUCCGGAAGGAGGGAAGCACGCGAGAUUAAUAAAGCGCGAGAUGCCGGACGGUCCUUUGGAGCAGGAGACGGAGGAGGAUCAGGCGGACGAUAGGGAGUACUCGGAGAGCCACGGCCACGACUCCGGCCAGGACGAGGACAUUGCGGAGGAUCUGUCGAUGGCGCCCGACAUAAUGAUCCCGGAGGAUCAGGUCGAGGCGUAGUACCGCUCUGCGACCGACCCUUGAAAGCGAAGAUGUAUACAAGGUGAACGACGUUCACACGCGAAGAGAGGAGCCCUCUACUACGAUGGACCGGAGAGGAAGUAGAGGAAGUCUCAGAACGAAGAGGACGACGAAGGCCCUCAGGACCACCCACCCCCUCCACUCCUCCUUCGUAC